AUGUAUUUUCGUGCAAAAUUACGGUGCCUCUUGCAGAUGGUGCCAGAAAACCAGUACUUUGGCAAGUACAGAUCCCUUCCUUUCUUCUUCCUCCUCUAAGGAACCAUGGAGUAGUUUAUGAUAAAUGUCUGGAUUGGCAAGGAGACCUUUUAUGAUGUUUACCACAGGAAACAGUCUCAGAGACAGUAUGAGCAAAGGAAGGAAGAAAGAUGA